GUCCCAUCUGUGCCUAUAGGAGGUGGAGUUCAACCUGAAUGGCCCCCUGCUGCCCAUGACGAGAGAAGAGGUGAAGCACCAAGUGGAGAGGCUCACCCAGCUUGGUCGGCUGAAGCCGACAGAAGCAGAGGUCAACCACCACACGCUUCUCGCGAAAGCCAAGAACAUGCUGCUGCUGGUGCCGAACCGUCUUCGCCAUAUUCUAGCCAAGAGGCACCUGGUGGACGUUGGGCAGAAGCCCCAUAUCAACCUGAAGCAAGGGCCCAUCCAUCACCUCCGUCACAUCCAAAGGAUCAGGUUCGUUUCCGCUACGUGAAACCGGCCGCAGUUGUUAAGGACCAGUAUGGCAGGCUGUAUGAAGGACAUCAGGAGGGCGGCGAGACCCAUUACUAUCCUGAUCAACGAGCCGGAGCGGAAACUGCUAGGACGGAUUCCCGGGAGUCACAACAACCUGCAGCUCCAGCUAGCCAAGAAAUAGCUGAUCGAGGACAGCAUGUAGCACCUGAACACCACCCACACCACGUAGUUCCUCAACAUCCUGCCUCCCGGGAACGAUGGGAACAGGAUCGUUCUCGGCAGAUGGACGCUGAUCAAGAAUAUGAACAACGCGAAGCAGCACAGAGAAGAGCCGAGUAUGAACGGCAGAAGGCUGAGUAUGAACGGCAGCACGCCGAGCAUGAACGUCAAAGAGCUUUAGAAUAUUCGAGACAAUUGGCACUAGAACGCUCACGACAAGAACAGUGA